AUGGAGCCCGCAUCAUCAUCAUCAUCAUCAUCAUCAUCAUACUACAAACACCCGAACAGAUCGAAGAAGAAGACGAUGAUUCCACCGAGGCGAGGAGAAAUCAAGCGGAAGAUCGUCGGCCAAAUUGUGAAUUCAGCUGUUUCUGUUGCUUCGAAGGCGACGAAUAUGUUGAUGAAGAACAAAGGAGGGAAAAAAGAAGAGGACGGUAGCUCACCAUGUACGAGCUCACCUUUAACUCCUUCCGACUAUGGCGUGAUUUCAGACGGAGUUUCUGAUUCCGGAAGAUGA